AUGUCGAACGACAAAAAGGGAGCAACCAGUACUAUCAGCCUGGAAAGAGCCCAUCUAAAGGAGCUAUUCAACUCCGGAAAACUGGCCGACAUGACCAUCUGCACUACUGAUCAGGAAUUUAAAGUGCACAAGGUAGUGCUUUGCAUGAGAUCCAAAUAUUUCUUCCGCAUGUUCCAAGGAGAAUGGGCUGAGACCUUGGAACAUGCGAUUCACCUCACGGACGACCCGCGCGCCAUCGAGGCCAUGGUCCGCUCAUUGUAUGGGCUAGACUACGAAACUGCUGGCAUUGGCAUUUCCCCACUGCUUUUCAACGUCAUGACGUAUCAGAUUGGGGACAAGUACGUUGUUCCCCAUCUGAAACUUCAAGCCAGGGAUAAAUUCGAAGCUCUCCUUGCAAGAGACUGGGAUGAGGAGCAAUUCGCAAUCGCAAUCGCUGAGGCAUACAAAACCACCCCACAAGAGGAUCGAGGUCUUCGGGACCUCAUUGUGGAAGUCUCGAAUGAGCAUAUUGAUCAUUUGCGGCAGAAGGAGAGCUUUCGGAAAGUGCCCCUGUAG